AUGAUUGGCUUCGUGCACAUGCAGGCUACGGAGAUUAUCGAGGGCAGUGAGCCACAGCAAUGGUAUCUCUGGGCCCGCGACCAGGCCUUAGACGUUCGCGCUCUCAGCCAAAAUGCGUCGACAUCAUUCAUAUUCGGCCUGAUGGGGGAAACAGGUGAAGCCCAUCCAUGGCUUCCAAAAUUCAUGCGCAAGCUCAAAGUCUGGAAAGAAGACGGCGAAUACAAUGAAGCAGACGAGCGUUCAUCACUACUUCCUAAAGACGCCAACGGCACUCAAGACCCUGAGACCCCCCAAGAUGAGGUCAAAGGGAGGUCAACAACUAGGCUUGUGUGGGAAGAGUUCAAGAUACUCCUUCGUGGCUCCAUCCCCGUCAUCCUUGCCUACACCCUUCAGAUGUCCCUCCAGACUAUAUCCGUCGUCAUCGUCGGCCGUUCCUCGCCUCAUGACCUCUCAGUGGCAGCAUUCUCGUACAUGUUCGCCAUGUGCUCGGGAUGGCUGAUAGCUUUGGGCGGUACCACGGCAAUGGACACAAUAGCCUCUGCAACCUUCACAGGUAGCAAAGAUCCUCACGAUCUAGGCAUCGUCCUACAAAGAGCCUUCAUCGUCCUUACACUUUUCUUUAUUCCUAUCGCCGUGCUCUGGGCUUGUGCGGAGCCCUUCUUCCUUGCUCUUGGCCAGAACCCCGAUCUGAGUCGUGACAGCGCUCGCUUUCUCUGGUGUUUAAUGCCAGGUGCCCUCGGCUAUAUCUAUUUCGAGUGUAUGAAAAAAUUCUUGCAGGCACAAGAAAUCAUGCGGCCCGGGACCUACAUCCUCCUCAUCACCUCCCCUUUGAACGCCCUCCUCAAUUAUCUCUUCAUCUACCCCUUGAACCUUGGACUACUUGGUGCCCCCUUCGCCACUAGCAUUUCUUACUGGCUCUCUUUCCUCGGUCUCGUCGCAUACACUCGUUUCGUUUCUGGUUCUCAACACUGGGGCGGAUGGACCACCCGCUCGUUCAGGCCAUUUCACAAUAUCGUCACCUUCGCUCGCCUCGCGGCGCUAGGUUUCAUUCAUGUUGGGACAGAAUGGUGGGCGUUCGAGAUUGUUGCGCUUGCUGCUGGGCGAUUGGGCCCUCUGCCAUUGGCUGCGCAGAGCGUGAUUAUGACUGCGGAUCAAGUCAUGAAUACUAUACCUUUUGGCGUUGGAGUCGCGGCGAGCGCCAGGGUAGGAAACCUCUUGGGAGCAAAAAGUGCAAAGGGAGCCGCAAGGGCAGCCAAUACGGCCGCCUGGCUUUCAAUCUUCCUUGGAGCGGUAGUUCUGGUGAUACUGAUGGGAACGAAAAACGUCUUUGCCAAGAUUUUCAACGACGAUCCGGCUGUGGUGAAAUUGACGUCUGAAGUUCUACCUUUUGUGGCAUUGUUCCAAAUUAGCGAUGGUUUGAAUGGGAGUUGUGGGGGCAGUUUGAGGGGCAUGGGUAGGCAGCAUAUUGGGGCUGCAGUGAACAUUGUCAGCUACUACUGCGGGGCUUUGCCUUUGGGGGUCUGGCUGGCUUUCCAUGGAUGGGGAUUGAAAGGUCUAUGGGUUGGGCAAUGCAUUGCGCUCUACUGCGUCGGAAUAUUAGAGUGGGCUAUUGUGGCCUUCAGUGACUGGGACUACGAGGUGAAAAAAUGCUUCGAACGAAUGGACCAUGACGAUGACGAGGACAACGCAAUCGACAAUGGGGAGAGUCACGAGCGGAGAGAUUAA